AUGAGACAACAGUCUGUAACUGCAAAUGGAGACAAACUAGAAGUGUUUGGAGAUUAUUUGGGCACCAGUUUGCAGGCAGAGGCUUGGUUCCAAGUGCUACCAACCAUGAAUAGAGCCACAUGGAUCGUGUUUGUCACAGUGUUUGAAGCAUGCUGGCCACCAGUUAAAAUUGUGGAGAAGACAAAAGCAGAAUAUGAGAAAGAGUUGUUAGAUCACAAGUUACAGCACAUGGAGGUCAGGAAGAAGACAACAUUGUAUGACUGCGAAUGCUGGAUGCACAUAGCAUGGGCCAUGAAGACAUUACAGCUGGCCACAAGUGUGGGGAUUGCACAGAGCACCUCGAUGAUCUGGCAAGUGCGCAGCACAUUGCCAGACAUAGUCAAGGACUUGCUUAAGGAUGAAGAAUACACGAAUUGGACAGAAUUCGCAAAGGCAGUCACAGAACUUAAAGGGAGCAGAUUAGUAGAGAAACAAGAACAACACAAUCAACAAACGCAAGAAUUAAAUGCCCUGAAAACAGACCUUGCAUGCAUUUGUCAAUGA